CUGGGAGAAGUUUCUUUUUGUCUCAGGUCGCGUUGGGUUGUGUUAUACCAGGAACAGUCUUGUUCAUAAAGAGAGCCUUUGUGUUCUUCAAUAAGUUAGACAAGAGGUUACCCGAAGUCGCGCCUCUCGACGCUGGCCAACCCGAACAGUCGACUGACUACCAAAGGCAGACUAAUAAUGCUGAUAACAUACAUGAAUAUUCUGUAGGUCGUACAAAAAAGAUCGUUCGGUAUAAGAUGCAAGCAGACAACAUCCACCGCGAGCGCAAUAGUAAAAUGUGCAGUAAGAUUUGUGUUAUACAACGAAUAUGUGAAACAAAGGAUAAACGUAUUCAAAUUAAACCGUAAGCGAUAGCUCCCGAUUAACGCCGCAAAAUACAAGUUGAUCCGGUGAUUCGCAGCUGUCAGUGACGCUGUGGCCAGAAGCGACUAUAACGGUUACGCGUCCUUGCAUGCAAGCUAAAUAAAUAAGUUCUUUCAUCAGUCGAAGGACAUUUUUAACCUAGAGCAUCAACAUUCAAGCCCCUACUAAUGCUUAAUCGCUGCCCCUUGAUGAGCGUGCAGCCACUUGUGUCCAUCGACGAACGUCAGAGAAAGUCAAGUGACGCUACAAGUUGUUAGACACUACCUACCGGCAGGGUCGACGGCAGCUGUAAAGCGUUAUACUGUAAAUCCGCCAAUGGUCUCUACUGACUAUCGUCAGUGGCGGAGCAACACGACCGUCAAUUCGUUGAGAAAACACACGUCAAAGUCGGACUAGCUAUUUCGGGGUUUGCCAAUGUGUUACAAAGCUUACCCGUUCGUUAUGGCUUCUAUCUUUUGAGCGGUUCCGUUUUUACUUUAACACAUAUGUAUGGAGGAAAUACAGUACAAGUUCGACACUAAUUGAGUUUAAUCACAAAGUACGGAUAAAAAAUACCUACCUCUUGAUGUAAACGCAACAGUAUUGUGUAGACCAUAUUGUAAAAUAUCGAUUAGUUAUUUGGGUAAACGUAACGCACAGGUGCUGAUCUGUAACAACACGCCAGCAGCAAGACAUACCGACUGCAACAUUUAGUGACUUAGGAAUUGCCAUCAGACCACUCCUCAACGCAACGAUUUUGAUGGAUGAGGUUUAAGUCAAAUCCUCAAAAAAGCGAAAAAUGAAAAUUCCAGUGCUUUCCUUCGCGUCCUGGUAACACUUUGGGGACAGGUAUCUCCUUCAACGACUUCUGUCAGAAGAUGGCGUUUCUGGGAUGUUGAUAAGAGUAUCGAUUGCUCACAAAGCUGAACGCCGCUUUAACUAAGAACGGGCACAGAAGUAGAAUCUUUCAUGCCGAUAACAACAGCGUUGACGAUACAAGAGUCCUGUCUCCAAUAAGAUUCCUUUUACUAGUUUAAAUCGAAACGGGCGAAAACAUCGAUUGCCGUCCACCCAUUCAAUUAGAAGAGUGAUAGCAAAUAAUAAUUGGCCCUAGUGAACAAUUAACGCCUAAAGUACAUCCAUAGUAAGUUGAAGUUGCGUGAACAUUGGGCGUUAGUUGUACUUAGCUGAACAAAGUGACCGUUUUAUAUGUUUAACAAUCGAACAAAUUCAUUUCUCUAUGCCUUGAAAGAGAAUCAACAAGCCAACCAUGUGAAAAGAAUGAUAGCCGUGUUUUUUUGUUGAUAAAAUUCUGAUAAAAUAAAAUGCCAAUAUCAGUAAGCAGGAACAAAGAUGACAUCAUCAUUUGUCAUAAACACGAACGUUGCAAGUUUUUAUGAAGUAUAUCAGAAGUUUCGGAUAAGAAAAUAUCACUGACACCUUGUUGACAAUUUGCUUCAAGUGACCGAAACACGACUCCAUGAUGUGAUUGCUACAUGCGCUUUGUCUGUACUUAUAAUAUUCACAGCUCAAGAUGGUUAAGGCAGGAACUAUUCUCGAUGUGCACUAUUUGGCACAAAUUAUGGACGACAUCGAAAUUAAAUUUGGCGCCAAGCCAGGCAGCGGACGAACUAGAGCUAGAAACUAAAAAGAAAACAAAGUUUCUUUUCAAAGGCAUUACUGAGUCGCUAUGGCAUGCGUGGAACUGUCGACGGAUUGGAUCUCAGUAAUAGCUGUGUGAUUCACUAAAUAGGCCGACUAAUAAAGCAUUCACGCAGAGAUUCUUGUUUUGAUCGUUAGUUUGAUUAUUUAGUAAUCAAUUGUGUUGUGUCAGUCAGCUGAAAACAUUUGGACCUGUUAUUUUGCAUAGGCCUAUUUCACCUGAAAUUUACUCAAUCGAUACAUCAAUUAAUAUACUUUUCAAUGUAACCCCCGGAAUUAGUACUUCUCUGCGGAAAAGGGUAUGUCAGUACUGAACAAUUUCAAGAUAUCGAGCUACUAUUACUGCGUGAGUGUUAUCUAAUGGCAGGCUUCGUGACUAAAAUCUAACUUUUUUCAAACAAGUAUUCGAUAGUGAUUGCUCUGUCAGUCGUAACGACUUUCUGAGGUUAUUUAGGUAGUGAUCGACGCUGCAGAACCAUCAUGUGGGGGGUAAAAAGUGAUCUUCUACGCCGACGAUAGCUAUUUAUUAUACAUAUAGCAGAUUUUCUUUCAGAGAUAUAACCAUACCUCCGAAAAAAAAAAACUGUCAUUUGUAUAACUAUAGAAAUGGCUGAAAAAACAGUAGCCAUAAGAGGCCUAGCAAAAAUCAAUUAUGGUAGUGUAAUAAUAAACUGUAUUAAUAAGAUGCACUGUAUGUGAGGACGGACGAUUUCUAUAAUAAGAGUAAUAAUAAUGCAGUGGAUAUUAAUUUGGGAGAAUUUUUAUACUUAAUAUGAAAAAUCCAAGGAGAAUACAACUAUUUUUUAGCAUGAUAUGAUCGGAAGUGGCAACAAGUGGGGUAGAUUGGUUCGAUCUUGAUACCAUUCGAAAUCCGCUAAAUCGAUAUGCUAUACACACUUCUCUAAGUCAAUUCAGGUUUUAAUGAUCAAAAAAGGCACAAGCGACGGUGGUAGGGUUACUUUGUCCAUAGAAAUAUUAUGUUGGCAAACAGCAUUAUGAUCAUAGCCGAGGGUACUGAUGUGCUCUCCAGUUUCCUGUUGAAAUUUCGCCCCCUAAUCAGUACACACUUUACCGUUGCUGCUGGUGUGGAAGCAAUCGAAAAGCAUCCCAGCUAGUUAGUACACACAUUACUUAAUUUCACUACUGAUGUAAUGAUAGCGAUUGCCCUAACUGUUACUGUAAAGAAAGAGAUGAACAUAAGUCGACGUUAUUAACAUGACGUUCGAAGUUGCGAGUGCUUAAGAUGGCUAAGCUUUGGCAGGAAAUGCCCCGCCAAAUAUGCUUCACUGGCCAAGUGGUCGAAAAUCUACAUUAGAAAAGAAGGUUAUUUCGGCAGCUUACCAAAAGCGACUGUUCAGUGAUAUAAUGACGGCGGUUAUCAGGGGCGUCGUAGGGGAAUUGCCAGUACAUCACGGAAAUUUGAAGAAAAAUGCUGUAGAAGUGCACACAGGUAUACACACCAGGGUUGGUCACCUGGACCCACCUUGUUAAGAUUUUUAUUAAUAGAAUUCUAUUUACGUAGCUCUAUCGAAAUAUCAUAUUAUUAAUCAUUACCAGUAUUAGGCGUAAGCUAUCGAGGCACACUAACAAAACGCGCCAGACACUUCUUGCAAAUCAGAAGAAGUCAGCUUUUCAGGACACCUCAUCCAGUGUGGCGUCGCAGUGAUGCGACGUUGGCAGCGGUAGCCGCGCACAAUGAAUUCACACGGUAAUGAAAUGAUCAAUAGUUAACGCUUUGAUACACACGGAUUUUAGCUUGGCUUUUUUCGUCACCGUUUAUGCUAACUACUUGGGGUCGUGUGUAUCCAAUAUGACACGAUAAUGUAUGCAAAUUUUUUUAGUAAAGAAGCAGAACAAAUCUAAUCUGCUGCUAAUGUUGCCGGCUUCUGCGAAUGCCUUCAUCAGACAAUGGAGUUACUCGCUGUUUUACAGCCAGGCGUAUAGUCCUGCUGUUAACUACUUCUCCGGCUAAGCUGUGCUGUGCAUACGCACACUGACGUCUAUUAAGGCUAAUGCAAUCAGCAUCUGACAAAUAGAAAUAAAUUCGACUUCUGAUUAAAGUUCAGAAAAGCAUCCGCCUAAGCGACGCCUGAAUGGCUCAGGGAUAGUCGCAAUGGCGGUAUCCGAGUAUCGCCCGGGAGACGUGACGAGAGAGAAACAGGAGGGAACGCAGCGACGAGGCAGAACGAAUGACCCAAUAGAACAAAAAAAAAACAACUAGAGAGAAGAAACGUUGCACUGGCUAAAUUCUAGCUGAGAACUAGAAUACGUUCAGUAAGAAUAUAAACACCGUGAUUAACAAAGGCGCGACAUCAUUGAAACGAAAGACGUAAAUCGAUAAUCGUAGAAAUAACCACGAGUUUCCAUCCGUCACUUGCAGCUUUGAAUGGUCUACAGUGGCCUUGACAAGCUUGCAGUCACCUCUACCUCUUAAUUGUCACACAAACUUGAUAGAACAAGUAGAGGUAACUGCAGUUAAAAAAUGAAAAAGGUAAGCGAUUUUUUCUGUUAUAAUUUCCUAUGAAAAGGCUUCGCCUUGCGGCUUUUUUGGUACUAUAAAUACAUCAAUAUUUAUUAGUAUAUAAGGUCACGCAAGCUAAUGCCAACUGACACCGAUCUUUCAGCGUUUAUACUGAAUGCUCUGAAGCCGCUUGUAUACAGAUCAUUUAAUAGGCUCUAGUGCGUUCGAUUUAUAAAUUCUCAUGGCUGUUAACGUAAAAAAGGCUAAAUAAAGUUCGAAUUAAGUUAGAUUGAAAAGGCGUGUAUCUGUAAUUUACAUAUAAACUGAUAUAUUAUGUGGAUCCGUUAUUUUAUUGGUAUUCAGUUUUAAAGUUUUCAAGAUGUCACUAGUAUUCUACAGUAGUUCCAGAUGACUCGCAGUUACUUAAAGGUCAUUGAAAGGCAGAGUUGAUUUUCUUUGGAUUGAACCGUGUUUUCGCGCGCCCAACGGAGGAGGAUUAUCUACCUUCGAGCUACGGUUUUGUCACAUCGUAUACUGCUGCCUGUUUUGCUCUGCGGAAACAAGUAUGGCCAGCACUAAGAAGAGUAGUGCUCGCCUCCUUCGAACACGUCGUCCGACAAUGACGGAGAGAACGUUAUCCCAGUCAACUACUUCGCUCGUGCGAUCUAAAUCUCUUCGACUGCCAUCAAAAAACAAGGAUAUGAUUCAAGAAAAUAUCCGAAACGUGUCAAUGCUAUCCCGAAGCGGAUCUUUAAGGGACCACAAAAAAAACAAGGAUCUCGUAGCAGCAGGUCGCGACGAUCAUUCUCUAUUCGCUGAAUCCGGGCGCACCGAAAAAGAUGGUAUUCGAGCUCUCUCGAAAAGUUGCCAUGGUUCGCUUGGCAGCAACAAUUCUGAGGGCACACGACGUAGUAGUACCAGCGGAACUUCGUUGUCCUUUCGUCGCUCUUUUGUCUCGCGAGGAGACCAAUCAAAACUAAGCGCCCGCGCAUCGCCGGCGUCUCCCACAAGAAACACACCGCCGCCAAGAGAGCGUUGCGAAUUGCGUGAGCCAAGAGAAGCACGGAACAGUUCCAAUAGUGGAAUCAGCAAUGGACAGGAUUAUGCUGCCGAUCUGAAACUGCUUGUGGCAGAACAUCUCAAGCUCCAACAGGAGUACGCCAAGGUCCGGCAACAACUCGUCGAUCGAAAUGCUGUGACAGCUAUUGAACGCCUCGAGAAGGCGGAACGCAGUAACGGGCUAAGGAGUCCCAGUACGGGACAAAGAAGUUCCAACACUCCGAACUGCCCUUCUGAACUGAGCAGUAUCCCCGAGCUCGAACCUCAAUUGCCGCCUCAAUCAGACGGCGAUGCUAACAACAACAACAACAGCAGCUGUAAUAACAGUGGCGGCAGUAAAAAUCGAGAUGUGGUGCUUUCAUCGGUUCGGUGUUCUUCCAAACGAAGUCGUGAAGAGCUCGCAGUGGAAGCCUACCGUCGGGAAGUGCUCCGUCUUCAAGAGGAGUUACACAGAAUGCAAAAACUUUACUGGAACCAAGUUAUUUUUCAACAAGAGAAUACACGGCACCAUCAUGACGGAGAUGAAUCGGGCAGGAUUGUGGUCGAUCUGUUGAAUCAACUCGAAGAGAAUCGUGGAGAAUUGCGCGAAAAUCGUUCAAAGGUGCGACGUCUGGAGGAGCAGCUAAGUACGAGUGUGCGGGAAACGGCAACAUGUCACGAUGCGCUGCGCGAUUACCAGCUACGGCUUGAUGAACGUGCAAAUGCUGAGCGAGUGAUAAAGCGGCAGUUAGCAGAAGCGAUAGAAGAACUUCGCGAGACGAAGGAGGCACUUCAAUUCGCCGAAGAUGAGCUCCGGUCGAUGGCCACUACGGAGUCCGUGAGCAGCAGUGGCAUGGACCCCCAGCCACCACAGCAACAAAAACAGCUUUCCUCAAGGGAAAAAUCACCGGAACAGAAUAGCGAGAGGACGCCACCUGAUGGCAAGUCCCACCAGUUCGCCAGUGUCAACGGUAAGCUCGAGGAGCUCUUCUAUGACCACAGCAGAAAGGAAAAUUACAAUGGCCUUAGCCGUCAAUACGCCUGUGACGACUGCUGUGCUAAUCAGCGUCGCUUGCUUCAGGCACAUCAUGUGAUUCUUGAGCUGGGCCGCCAGUUAGAGUCCGUGCUUCGGGAAGAUGGACAUUUCGCGGAGGAAUAUUUAGACCUGUCCGAUCUCGAACUUAAGCAGAUUAUCGGACCGGAAAAUGUCCUCCAUUAUUCCAUGUUAGCAGUUAAUGGAGAAGCAUCUGCAACGCCCACAGAAGAAGUUCAAGAGAUUGCUGAAAACACGGCACUAACUUGGGCGCGCCACACCGUCGCAGUCAGACACGUUUUGCGAGCUCGGCUUCAGGAUAAGAUAAAAACGGCUCAGGAUCAAAUCGUUGAGCUCAAGAAUAGUUUGGACCUUAUGUGCCGUCGCCAUUCUGACUGUGAGGAACUCGUUCGCUCGCUUGAGCUUAAACUGGAGCACAGUCGUACCGAAAUGGGAGCAAUCCGUGAGCGAAUGUCUCGGAAACAGGACGAACACAGACAUGACAUCCAGAGUCUGAACCAACAGAUUGACGAACUUAACAGCCGGAGCAGGUCGUGCCGGUGCCGAUUAGAUGGGGUCGCUGACGACAGUCGACAGAAUGUACCAGUCGAGCGCGUUCAGGACGACAUUUCACCGCUACCCAGUUGCAAAACUAAUAUGAGUCUUUCGCCGGACAUGAUUUGUACUCCUUACGUUAAUCCAGCGGCUCUGCAACAUGAAAAUGUUUUGCUAAAACAAGAGAUCAACAAACUUCGCGAAUCGGCGCAAGGUCAAGAGGAGCUAGUUCGGGCGAUGGCUGCGAAAUUCCAUUGCUCACAACAGCUAUGGGAGGAUAACUAUCGAAGAACUCGUGCAGAGCUCCGAGCUCGCGACCAGCAAGUGGACUCCGUUGUUGAGGUCCUACGAGGACUACCCGAUCUAGUCGGACAAUGCGCCGCGCUACAUCUGCUUUUUCGAAAUCUCACUGAUCCUGGUGCGCGACCACCUGCCAAUAAGCUCGGUGUGAAGGCCAGUGGCGUUGUUGCCUCCGCUGUCUAAGCAAGCGUUAUUCGCUAUCUAUCUUACACCCAACUAAAUAUUCACUACCCAAUGUGGUGUCAGCAUUGAGCUGGACAACUUGGAAACCCACACCGAUACUUCCUUGACAUCAUAACAGUUCAGUAUAGAUGAUGCCUAGAAAUCUAGCUCAAAUUACAAAAUGAAGGUUGCAGGUUACUUUUCUAUGAAAGUACACGAACGUGUGCCAGCGCCAAGUGCCUUAGGUAAAGCAAAUAUAUGGUCCGUGUUAAUGGAGAAGGUGAGUAAGGGGUGCCACUGUGUUCAUCUAAAGUGAGUUCCAUUGAAAACACGAAAAAUAACCUUCAACAAGAUUUAGCAGUCAACCAAAAAAGCAAUGGCUCUACAGCUUACAAGUGACGUUAGUCACAAACCGGGAGAGUUCGUCAAGAGUUGGAAUGCCCGCCCUUUUCAAAAUUUGCGGAUUAUUAGCUCUUCUUACAGAAUUUAUAACUUAUUGAAUGCAAUUUCCUCUAAACACAAGAAUAUGCUAACAUGGAACGUGUUGUUAGCCUAUUUCAACAUGUUCAUACAGGUUCUUUGUCACUUUUCUCUUCAAGACGGACAAACGUUGAUUGCAUAGUACGUACGAUGGAUACAGGACGCAAUGUACUGAAAGAAAGCCAGAAAGUAGAAUUUUGCAAAGUAUCUGUGGGAAGCAAGAUUGGUGGAGACGGCGAAAUCACUCGUCGAGCUGUAUGUCGAUCCCGAUGCGUCAUUAAUCGUAUCAGUCUUUUUUUCUGCCAUCAUCAGAAGUCACUUCUGUUUCGAAAAUCGAUACGACCCUUUAUUGAAAAAGGGUCCUUUAUUGAAAACAGAAAAGGAAACUCCUGCCAUCGUCCGGGUAUUUCGUUUUACCGCUAUGGGACUAGUCACGAAAUCACUACUGACCGUUAAAGCCUCCUUAGCCAGUCACGUUGGCUUAAUCGUUAAGCCAUUUAAUAUUACACUAACCAUUGAAAACGGACCUGCAAAAACUCAAUUAAGAACAACCUUUAAAAAUUUGGUACAUACAUGGGAACGAACCUCUACGCCGCUUGUCAUUGACUUAACAAUAAAUUAAUUAAAUCGUUGACUUAGACAGAAAUUGCAUUUAUCGUCUUAUCUCAAAAAUCUGUGAAAAAUACAAGCUUAUAAGAAUACACCUGUUCUUUUUUUCUCUGAUCAGUUCUCUUCAUUCCUCCAUCUCUCUAUCUAAAACCUUCUAACACGACACAGAGAUAUCUUCAUUCGUUCACGUGCGCCCUGUUUCAGCUAGGCGGUAUGUAUACAAUUGACGUUAUCUCUCUGUGUUAGCUAAUCAUUGAAGACGCAGCACUGAAUGAUUUCACACGAUUUCUUCCAUUCCUUCCGGAUGGCAUCGAUUCAGAAAUCUAUAAUGAGUUCCUUGUCAUAGUGCGAAGGAAACUGGAAAGGAAAAAUUACCUAUAUACGUUCAUAUCUUAAUUGUACCUUAGCGUGCCGUUGCAUUUCGCACACGGUCGUUGAAAAUACCGCGAGUAGAAAGUACGGCAGAAAUAAGUCUAUGUUACCUGCUGUUUAUUAUCGGGUAGCGUUCGAAAAGGGGCUGCAUGUGUAUGGGUACGGGGUUGGCUGGCUUGAAUACAAAGUCACACUGACAUAGUGGUGCAAAAUACAAAUCACACGGAACUAGUCGUAAAUGGCCUCUGCGUGCCGCCAACGUAGCGCUAAUCUGCUAGGGGCCUGGACAGACAAAGCGUGACUUUUAUCUAUCGUAACAAACCUAUGUUUGACGCUUCUUUUUUAUUAAGAAUUUUUGUUAAUCUAUACGACAUUGUACUACUCGCACCGGAAUAGAGCCCGAUCAGUGUUAACUUAGCCAAUCUUUUACGACGUACGCUAUUUAUAUGAACGUACAUAGAUCAUCGAGUAGUAAUGUUGAAAACCUUUGUUUUUCUUCGGUGCGUCUGAUACGGGGUGCCCUCAGUGGCCUCGUUCUGCUCUUGGCACUUGCGGCUGUGGAGACGAGUAAAGCGAUGAAUUAACUGAUUUGAGUAGGACGGUAUCAAUAUUAUGAAGAGUGCAUUAUAUGUCAAAGUUAAAGCCUAUCCUCGAACAGUAGACUUUUUCAGCCAAAGAAAAAAAGAGGACGUGUUCGGUAAAGCUGUGUGUCACUAGUGAAACGUAACCACCAUAGCACGGUUUUGUUUCGGCCUGACCUUUUCCUCUGGUGAUGCUUGAAAUCGUAUUCGCGGCCGUAUUUCCAAUCUAUCUAAUUGAAACAUGCGAAAAUAGCAGCAUUUUAUAAACAGGCCUAAAACAUUGCCGGCUUACCCAACCUAUUUUGAACCUCCAAAAGUAGCAGCUUGCCGACCUAGCUGACUCAUCUGUUUCUAAAUAGAAGUUGCUUAGAUACAUUAGAAAACUCUUCAGGCUACAGUGGGGCCAGGACUGCAUCUACCUGAUAAAAAUCUUCAGCAAACAUAUUCAUGUACCUACUUUUGUUGUCCGACGUUCGGUAAGCUUGUCUCAAACAAGCCGUUUAACUAAACGCGUAAUCGUGGUAACCUUUUGUUAAUCCUAAUGUAGACACUUUAGUAGCAUUAAAUAUAUCUUUCGUGCCAUCUUUUACAUGCAACAUUUUUAUUUAGCAACUUUUUUCGAUACUGACACAACAAGCCUUGUCUUUGCAACAGCCGCAAUAGCAUUAACUCCGAUAUGAGUAAAUAAAAUACUAUUUUGUGAUGUGUCGCGCCGUUCUAUUUGCGUUCAUGUAAACUUUGUAUAGAGUCAACUAAAGCCCGAAGCAAAUAAUGGACAAAUCAACAGGAUCCGAUAAUAAUAUCCAUAACAAUACGAAUUAUUAGUAAUCGAUAAAUAAAGUCAUUAAAUUGUGUCGUUUUA